UGUGUAGCUUGUGUGUCUAUUAGCGUCGCUGGUCGAGUGAGAGCAAAGUAGAAAGCAGCUAGAAAAGCGAAAAAUGGGAUUUUCCAUACACAGAUCAUUUAGUGAAGCUUGAGCAUUUUCUUCGAUUGUAAAAUCAUCAGUUAGCGCUCAGUUUCCCAGUAAUCUCGCUUGCCUUCGAGUCACUUUCCGCUAGAAAGCAAGAUUCGUUGUGUAGUUUUUUAAUUAAAUUUAUUUUGUGAUUUUAGUUCUUUUUUUGCUUUCCGUGAACCUCUCCAAACAGUAAAUUUAAUUAUAAAAAAUGUCUUGAGAAAAGCGUUCGAAUCUUUCGAUCAUAACAAGAGCGGCUCAAUCUCAACUGAAACUGUCGCUGAAAUCCUCCGAUUGAUGGGACAACCAUUCAACAGACAAAUCCUUGAGGAGAUGAUUGAAGAAGUUGACGAAGACAAAUCCGGACGUUUAGAGUUCGAAGAAUUUAUCAUUCUCGCUGCAAAGUUCAUUGUUGAAGAGGAUGAGGAAGCACUCCAAAAGGAACUUAAGGAAGCUUUCAGAUUGUACGAUAAGGAAGGAAACGGUUACAUCCCAACUUCGUGCCUCAAAGAAAUCUUGAAGGAAUUGGACGAUCAAUUAUCAGACGCCGACUUGGAUGGCAUGAUUAGUGAAAUUGAUAGUGAUGGUUCAGGAACUGUUGACUUUGAUGAAUUCAUGGAAAUGAUGACGGAACAUUGUGGAGAUGUGAUGACUCUUCCGUUUCAAGAUCGAUGUAAAUUCAUUAGCAACAUAGCUGAAUGUCAUGAAUCAAGUCAAUAUUUCAACUAUCUAAACUUCAUAUUUUGUGACGUUGGAUCUAGAAGCAAGAACAGUUAUCUCCUUGGUGUUUUUCUCAUUUGCGUGUUGAGCUUGUACUUGUUCGCUUUCCUUGCAACUACCGCUGAUAAAUUGUAUUGUUUACAAAAGAUUCUCAAGAUGAGUGAAAAUGUUGCUGGUGUCACGCUUUUAGCAUUUGGAAACGGCUCACCCGACGUCUUUUCAUCAUUAGCGCAUUACAAAGGUGACACGGAAUUGAUGUACACAGAGUUGAUUGGCGCAGCUGCUUUUGUUACGGGCUUUAUCGCUGGUCUUGUGAUGAUCAUCAAACCUUUUAAAAUUGUAGCUGAGAAUUACAUUCAAGAUGUGCUUUUCUUUCUUGUGGCUGCUUUCUUAAUGGACUUUUGCAUCCACAAUCAGAUGUAUUCGUUGUACGAAGGCAUUGCCACUGUGAUGGUUUAUGUAGCGUAUCUAACUUGCGUUAUUUUAAAGCAUGUUCUGAUGAAGCGAAAGAUCCAUAAGAUUAAGCAGCUUUCUUCGACUGACUUAAGAGACUUAACAAAAUUGGAAAACCUCGAAGACAUUGCUGAGAUUAAAAUUUAUAGUCGCAAGGAUUCAUCUGUAAUCUUCGACAAUGAGAUUAUUAGCGUCUUCAGAAAAGAGUUUCAUGACAGUGCAAAUAAGAAUUUGCUCAAAACUUUUAUUCAAGGUUUGAAUCCAAUUGACAUUGACGAUUGGCAAAACUCUCACUUUCUUGGAAAAGUUUUGAUAAUUUUAAAGAUUCCAGUAACAUUCUUCCUUUUGCUGUUCAUUCCCAUUGUCGACUACGGUGAAACAAACUUACAUGGAUGGUCAAAACUUCUCGACAUGCUACACAUUAUCACACUUCCGCAAUUAGUUUUGUUCGUUACCGGCAGCAUUGAAACAUCUUUUUAUCUUUUCUUCGUAAAUGUUCCGUUAGCAGCUUUUGUGUUUGCCGUUUCUAUAAUAAUCUCAUGUGUUGUUUAUUUCACAUCGAGAAAUGAUUGUCCACCAAAAUAUCAUGCGAUUUUUGCCACCGGAAGUUUUGUCGGUUGUAUCUGUGUCAUCUACACUGUGGCCAAAGAGGUUGUCAGUGUAAUGAAGGCUGUGGGAAUAAUUUCCGAUAUGACAGAUUCAAUGAUUGGCUUGUCAAUUCUCGCUUGGGGAAACAGCAUUGGUGACUUAUUUUCCAAUAUAGCAUUGGCGAGGCAAGGCUAUCAGCAGAUGGCAUUUUCAGCUUGUUUCGGCGGACCAUUAUUCAAUUCAUUGCUUGGGGUUGGCUUAACAAUCAUCAUGAAAGCCUUGGACUCCAAGGAUUUAUUCGCUUUCGCCAGAGAAGGAGCCAUGGGACCAAAUUGUAUCAUAUUUUUGAAUCUUAUCCUUUCAUUUACCUUCUUCGCAUUACUUUUCUCCAACUUUUGUGCAAGAAAAUCGAUUGGAAUUUAUAUGAUUUCGAUUUACUGCAUCUUUAUGCUUUAUUCGGUACUUGGAGAGUUUGAAAUCAUGCAUCCUUAUGGAACUGAUCAUGAAAAAACUUAA